AUGUAAUAGAUUUAAAAGGGGCCUAAAAUAAAAAUUCUCUCUUCAAGCAUUGCAAGUUAACAACCAGCUAAUACAUAUACUACAAAUAUUAGCUUUACUCCACUUAGUACUUAAAUAACACAAACAACACCAUAUUAAUAGACUUACAAUUAUACUCCAACUUGUAAAAAAUAUCAUUGAUCAUUCAUAGUAGUUCAACCUCAAACAAGUCCAACAAAAGUCAGUUCAAAAAUCAAAAUUAAGCAAUAAUAUACUGUUGAUCAUAGUGUAAAAUUAAAUAUUAUAGAGAGAAAUCACAAACUUUUGAGAGUCUUAUUGGAGAAGUAAAAAGUGAGAUUGAAUAAGCUGAAUGUCAAUACAAUAUAUCUCCAGUAACUUAAAAUGAUGUUGCAAUUUACUAGUUCUGGAGCUUUGAAUUCGCAGGAAAGGGAAAUUUUGAAGGCAAAUGCAUUAGUGGUAUUACUUUUAAAUAAAAAAUUAGGAGUACUAUAAUUUCACUAAAAUCAUCCAAUUGAACCUCCUAAGUUUUUUUUUGAUCUUGUAAAAACAAAAGAUAAUACAUUAGAAGUUAUAUAACAUUUGAACAUUUAUGGAGGUAUUAUUUGAUUGAUAAAAUAUCUUAGAUAAUAGUUUAUGCAUUCCUUUAUUUACAUAUUGGACGAAGACAACCAAAGAAUUUGAGAUACUAUAAACAAUAGAAAACAUCUUUCAUAAUCCUAAUAUAGGGGAUUCUGCAAAUCCAACUUUCGCUGCAAAAUCAUAAGAAGAAAGGGAUUAAAUAUAGAAAAGACAAGCAAUGUGUUUAAGAAAUUUUGUAUUGGAAAGAUGAAUAAAUAUAUAUAAUUAUGAUUAUGCAACA